AUGGCCUCCCGAGCACCCCCUGCCGGCGCCCGCGGCAUCAACACCCGCUUCGCGCAAUUUAAGCUGGUUCUUCUCGGCGAGUCUGCUGUCGGAAAGAGCUCAAUAGUCCUACGAUUUGUCAAGGACCAAUUUGAUUCUUAUCGCGAGUCUACCAUCGGCGCUGCCUUCCUCACCCAGACCAUCUCUCUCGACGAGAACACCACAGUCAAGUUCGAGAUUUGGGACACCGCUGGCCAGGAGCGCUACAAGUCCCUGGCCCCCAUGUACUACCGAAACGCCAACUGCGCCGUGGUUGUAUAUGACAUUACCCAAUCGGCAUCACUAGAUAAGGCAAAGGCGUGGGUCAAGGAGCUCCAACGUCAGGCGAACGAGAACAUUAUCAUCGCCCUUGCGGGUAACAAGCUGGAUUUGGUCACCGAGCAACCUGAGAAGCGCGCCAUCCCUACCGCCGAUGCUGAGGCUUAUGCUCGCGAGGCCGGCCUCCUCUUCUUCGAGACCUCUGCAAAGACCGCUGAGAACGUCCAGAACCUCUUCACAGCCAUCGCCAAGAAACUGCCCUUGGACCAGGCCGGCCCUAGGCACGCCCGCCCGGGACAACGACCAGGUGUCAGUCUGGCCCCGGAGAACAACAACACCAACAUGAGCGGACCCUGCAGCUGCUAG